AAAGACACCAAUUCAACUCUUCUCAGGCAUUUGCUAUCUAUUAGUGCACUGACAAUAGCAUUCACUUGGGCCCGGCGUGAAGUGACGGCUACAAUCGAAGCCAAGCGUGCGCGACAGUCGCAGAACGAGGACGCAAGCGCUGCUCAAGACGAAAAUUGAACGGGUUUCCAGCGCACUUGCAAUCAGUAUCACGGGGACUUGGGACAGCACGUCGGGACGCCAGGUCUGGUGCCCCCACCCGGCCCUGCCGGUUGUGACCUCGCGAGCGUCAUCCAGCCCUCAUCACAUCAGGCAGAUACAACUCCUGAAGCCGGGAGGAUCAGCUAUGCCGGCCGUGCCGGCACAGGUGGCCUGGCGUAGCCCGCCGCAGCAAACCAAGGGCACAUGCUCACCGCUGCUGUCCUUGCAGCGUGAGGGCAGCAGGCAGUAGCUCCCGGCCCGGCCUCAGGCCCUUCCGGGAUCCUCGACCGCAUCGCCAGCAACCUAUCUAGCUGACUAGCUGAUGUCGCGCCUAAGCGAGCUCAGUGGUUCGUGAACGAACAAGCUAGCUCGAGCCACAGCCACAGCCACUGCAGCAGCUCCCCGGCUGCUACUGCCGCACCCGCCAGCUGCUACUGCUGCUGCCGCAGCUACAGCCAUGCGGCCUGCCUCCUGGUUCUCCUGCCUGUACGGCUACUCGCUGUCACCGCACGAGGCUGUCACGGCCCGCCAUGGCUUCACCGCCUUCUUCUUCGUGUUGGCCUCCUACUUCAUUCUUCUGCCGCUGCGUGAGGACGUGGCGCUCACGCUGGGCCCCUCCGUGCUGCCCAGCCUGUUUACGGCCAGCCUGGUGGUGACGGCGGUGGCGGCGCCGCUGGUCACGUCGUACGUGGUCAACCCCACCACAGGAUCCAGGGCCACGGGCUUCGGGCGCCUGUGCAACGUCAUGUGCGGCUGCCUCCUGGCGCUGUGGCUGCUGCUGCUGGCCACCUCCCCCGACCCCUGGGCGCCCGCCCGCCUGCUGCGCCUGCUGCGGCCGGGGCUGCCGGCGGCGCCGCCAGGCGGGCAGGCGCCGCCCCUGACGUACAGCGGGUACGGCACCGCCGUGCGGGUCUGCUUCUACGUCUACCUCAGUCUGCAGAGCCUGCUGUCCACCAGCACUCUGUGGGCGGUGUGUGCCGACACCUUCUCGCCCGCCACCAGCACCCGCGUGUACGGCUUCCUGGGGGCAGGCGCGACCCUGGGGCAGCUGGUGGCGUCGGCGUCGGCGUUGGCGUUUGGCGCCGCCUGCAAGCGCACGGGCGCGGCGGGCGCGUCCACGUGGCUGCUGCUGCCGGCGGCGUGGCUGCUGCUGAUGGCGGCUCGGGCGUGCCGGGCUAUGUCGGGUCGUGCGGAGAAGGCGGGCGGCGUGACCGUGGCGGCCGCCGGGGCCUGGGGGACGGGGACGGCGGCGGCGGCGCAGCCACCCACCUACGUGGUGGCGUCAGCCUCCGGGAACGGGCUGCACGACCUGGACCGCCCCACCCUCGGCGGCGCCAGCCGCCCCAUACCAAGUCCCAGCGCUCCUCCUUUCCUCACCCCUCCUCCUCCACCUGCUCCUCCUCCGGCUGCUCCGGCUGCUCCGGCUGCUCCUGCGCCUCCCCACCUCCUGGAGGGCUUCCGCCUCAUCGCCGCCUCGCCCUACCUGCUGUCCGCCUGCGCCUUCCUGGCGCUCAACUACGCCACCAGCGCCACCCUCUACUUCCUGCGGGCCGCCAUCGUCAGCCGCGCCGCCUGGCUGGCGGGCAGCGACAGCCGCAUCGCCUUCUUUGCGGCGCUAAACACCGCCAGUGCCGGAGUAAUAUUCGCGGCACAGAUGCUGCUCACAGGCCGUGUGCUGACGCGGCUGGGUGUGGCUGCCACGCUGCUGGUGGGCCCCGCGGUGUCGCUGGUGGGCAUGGCGGCCAUUGGGCUGGCGCCGUCCGCGGCGGCCAUUGCCGGUGUGGAGGUGGUCCGCAAGGUGGUGGCGUACGCGCUGUCGCGGCCGUGUCGCGAGGUGCUGUUCACGGUGGUGUCGCGGAGGGAGAAGUACACGGCAAAGGUGGUGUUAGACACGGUGGUGCAGCGGCUGGGCGACACGGCGGCGGCGGCUCUGUUCGAGGUCGUGGGUGAGUGUGCGAGGGCUUGAGCGUGUGCGCGUGCGUGCGGGCUGGAUGGCUCACGAGCAUGGGGGGGGGGGGGGGGAGCAGGAGGCAAGCCCAACCAGUCCCAUGU